AUGCUGACAGUACAGGACUUCACUGAAGGUUUGCGUUCCAUCAUAGACAAACGACGUGCAAAUGAGGAAGAUAAAGCCUCUAGCAAGCCUUCAGAAAUGAAAAUAACAGUGUUUGCGUCACUGGUGAUGAGUUUCAUGCUGCUUCAGAGUGACUUCGGGAUGACCUUCUCUGGGAUCACACUUCCUCAGCUCAUCAACCCAGAGGUCGGCGACCUCCUCCUCACUGCCCCCCAGCUGCCGCUUCACGGGAGCAUUGUUGGUGUGCCGCCAAUGAUGAGUCGGGGACACAUUGUCACCCAACUGUUGAGUCUCCUCAUCAUAGUGAUAUCCUGUCUCUUGUUGGCCUUCUCCUCCCACGUGUGGAUCCUCCUAAUGUCCAAGCUCCUUAUCGGCCUUCCAUUAGGGAGUCUUGGAAUAUCCACAAUGACGUACGUCCUCGAGGUUCCGCAUCAAGACGUACGAGGAGAUGUCAGUGGUAUCCUUUUUAUAGCAAGACAACUGAGCUACUUACGGGCAUCAGUCGUCGGGCUGUCCAGUCUCAGCUGGCGACAAAUGGGCUUCGUGUAUUCCGGUACGACUGCCAUCCCCAUCUUGGGCUUGAUCUUCCUGCCAAACUCUCCUCGCUGGCUCGUCACUCGCGGCCGCGUCACUGAUGCUCAGAAAGCUCUCGUUUUCUUCAGAGGAAAACAUUACGACUUUAAUUCAGAAUUAAAGGCAAUGACAGACCAGAUUGAAAAUACAAACGGAUGUGGAAAUAUUUACUGGCAGCAAAUACGGGGUCUUAUAGAGCCCAUCCAUAUGACUUACCCAGCAACGGCAGAAGCACUUGGGCAACACGGGGCCUUCUGGCUCUUUAGUGUUGUGUGCGGCACCCUGGCACUCGUCAGCGCUCUCACUCUGCCUGAGACGCGGGGUCGAACCCUGGAGAUUUCAGGUCAACGCUUA